CUUAUAGCACUUGUUUGAAGUAUGCAUUUAUCUGAUUAUUUUGAUCAGUACAGCUGGCAGACGAUACGAAAUCUCGUGCAUCGAUACUAUCUUUGUUGAAAGGAUGGUAGACCAAUCAGAUCUCAGCGGUAGUAACUACACGUCGUUUAUCAAUAUCGUAUGGAUUACCAUUGUGUUUGUCUUGAAUGCUUGUACUUGUGCUGAUUACACACGAAUACUUAAUGCAAAUGAUGUAAAUAUUUGCAAGCAGCCUUUGUAUUAUGAUAUGGAUACCUUGUAUAUAAUUAGAGCCCAAAAUAAAAUAUACAGUCGUAACUGUGAACUUAGAUUUCUAGAUUGGAAUGAUGCUAUUGUCGGACAACCUUGUGUUAGUUUGUGUGUCCGUGUACAUAAUAAUUCUAUGAAAAGCUGUGAUUUUCGAAUGACAUAUUAUGAUGGCCUUGGAGAUCUUAAUGCUCAGAGUUUUGACUGUCAUUCAUUUCCACCUAUAUUAUGGUGUUCUAGAAAAAAUGAAAUUAAAAUAGAGUUUACUGAAUUGAAAAAAUAUAAAGGAUCUGGAUAUGAUAUUACCCUUGAGGUGACCUCCUAUUGUUCCCAUGAUGAGGAUUCCACUAAAGGCACCGAUUCCGGUAUAAAGCGAAAGGGUGAUUCGUAUAACGAAGAAAAAAGGAAGGAAGAGAAACGAACAAGAGAUACAGUUAUUAUUGCCGGUUCCUUAGUAAGCACGGUUUCGUUUAUACUUGUUAUUUGCUGGGUAACAUACUGUUGCUGGAAACGGCAGCACCCAUCAGAUUCCGCAUCAUCAAAUAGACCACAUACUGCAGGCAGUGCUACAUCUUCAUCAACACCCAAGUCAGAAGGAUCCGGCCAAAGACCAUGUCAGUAUUCAGCAUGUGCUACAACAGGGACGACAACUCAACAGUAUUACCAGCCACAAGGAAGACCAUUUUUACAACAAAAACCAACACAUCCAUAUGUCAAUGCUUAUAAUUACCCACGCUCUAAUGCAGAUAGAUAUGUACAAUUUCCAGACUCUGGAGUUGACAUGAAAGAGUCUUUUGUACAAUAUAAAAGUCAACCACCAACGAGAGAUGUACAUUUUCAAGAUGAACAUUUUCUAAGUAUGGACCACAUGGAGGGAGGACAUUCAUAUGAUGCUGAUGAUGAUAGCCCAGAUAAAGACAUAACGCCGCCAGUACCUCCAAGACCAAAUUUAACUCAGCAUCAAGGGAGACAAUAUUUUAUAUGAUGAAUUAAUUGUAUUUAUAAGAUUAAGAUAAUAAGAA